AUGAGAUCUUCUACAGAGCUUCCAACCCGCAUCUUGACGAAUAAUAUUCGUUAUGCGACAAAGUCACCAUUUAAGGGAGAGAAGCCAUGGGAAGAGCGCAGGCAACCCCUCCUGAAUCAGCUGCUGUAUAACACCCGCAAUCAAGACGCUUUCAUCUGCCUACAAGAGGUUCUUCAUAACCAGCUCAUCGAUAUACACUCCGGACUGAACUGUAAACAUUCUACAGUCUCCGCUAAAGCUGGGAAAAAUGCCUGGGCAUAUAUUGGCGUCGGGCGAGAUGAUGGCCACGAAGCUGGCGAAUACUCACCUAUAUUCUACCGACCGUCGGUUUGGCAGCUCCGACAUUGGGAAACAGUCUGGUUGUCGGAAACGCCGCAUGUCCCCUCAAAAAGCUGGGAUGCGGCGUCCAUCCGCAUCGUAACGAUUGGUGUUUUCACGCAUCAUACAAGUCGUCAGACUGUACUGGCGAUGAACACCCAUUUGGACGACCAAGGAUCCCGCUCUCGCUUUGAAGCAGCUCACAUUAUCCUUCGGAAGAUUGAUGAGUACCAGAGUGGAGAGUACAAAGAUGUCAUUUCCGCAGUGUUCCUGACAGGUGACUUGAACAGUGAAGAGACACAAGAGGCCUAUUCAGUGUUAACAGGGAGUGAAUCCACUCUGGUUGACACGGCAAAAACGGUCGAUCCGGCGGAGCACUACGGUAACCAUUUGACCUGGACGGGUUUCGGCUACGAGGAAGAAGACCCUUCUCGUAUCGAUUACGUCCUCGUAGGACCAGGGCCCGUGAAGGUGCUUAGCAACGGGGGCCAGCCAUGGAAGGUGGAGGGGUACUCUGUGUUGGCCAAUCGAUUUGACGAUGGUGUGUUUAACUCGGACCACCGAGCGGUUGUUGUCGAUCCAUCCUCCUUUGUUGAGCGCCAUCUCGAAGGGCGAACCUUCUGCACAAGUGGCGCGUUCUGUUUCUUUCGGAACGAUAAUCGCGACUCCAGAUCGAGCCAAUAUUCGAUCAUGCCGUCCCCGGAGCUUUCUCAAUCGGGGCAACUGCCCAGCGACAUCCAGCCGGACAGCGUUCAGAAUGGCUCUGUUCCGCCAAUGACAACUGGGAAUCACAAUGACGAAGCUGCCUCAGGAUCUCCUACGGAACAGGGACCGAAUGGGUCAAAUGCGAUCACAGAAGGAAAGCACAAUGCGAAAGCCGUUCUCGCAGCCUCGGGUGUGUCUUUAACACCCGCCGGCUCCAGUCAUAACGCGUCCAAUGGCAAUCCGUCUUCCAGCUCCCAGUCAAUUAAUGCCAAUGGCUCAGCAGCGAGCAAGAAACGAUCACGUGGCGGCUCCGCCAUUCAUACUUCCUCGCCGACAGAAGGGCUAGCCGUGCGUGUACGUGAAACUUCAAAGGAUAAGAUCCUAGCGGAGCAGUAUGUGAACCGGGAGUUCCAACAUUCUGCCUUGACGGCGUAUCACAAUCAGAAUCAAGAGAUAACAAACCAAAAACGUGCCGAACGGGACUUUUAUCUGACUCUACGACGGGAGAAUCAUAUGAACCCGGCGGCGCUGUAUGGUGUCGGCUACGAGGGGUUUGGGAAUGCUCGUACAGAUCUGCGAGGUCAACAUCCCCAGCUAUUGUACCCCUCCAACCGGCGGCGACCAGGUAACCGGAGGACUAGGGAGCUACGGGUUUCACGGAAAGAUUUGAAGACACAAAGUGAACAAAUCGAGGACCUUGUGCCCAUUCGGCUGGACAUCGAUUGGGAGAAGAUCAAGAUCCGAGAUACGUUCACCUGGAAUCUCCAUGAUCGGGUGGUAUCUCCCGACCUAUUCGCCGAAAAGCUAGUGGAGGACCUGGGCCUCCCUCUUGAAUCAUGCGCUCCCCUCGUGCGGAUGGUUUCACAGAGCAUCCAAGAGCAGAUCUGCGAUUACUAUCCUCAAAUAUAUAUGGAAGAAGAUCCUCUCGACCCUCAUCUCCCGUACAGUGCUUACAAGAACGAUGAGAUGCGCAUCCUUGUUAAGCUAAAUAUCACCAUUGGUCAGCAUACUCUGAUUGACCAGUUUGAAUGGGAUAUUAACGACCCCUCCAACUCCCCCGAAGAUUUCGCUGCGCGGAUGACGGAUGACCUUUCUCUGUCAGGGGAAUUUACGACAGCGAUUGCGCACUCUAUCCGCGAACAAUCGCAGCUAUUCACGAAAUCACUCUACAUCCUCUCUCAUCCGUUUGACGGACGUCCGAUCGAUGAUCCCGAUCUUAAGUCCGCUUUCCUUCCUACCCCCCUCGUAUCAUCCUUCAGGCCAUUCCAGGCAGCCAAGGAAUUUACACCUUAUCUGUAUGAAUUGAACGAAGCAGAAUUAGAACGUACAGAAGUUUCAAUAUCCCGUGAUCAGCGGAGGCAGAAACGCUCCGUUAACCGUCGCGGUGGACCCGCCCUACCCGACCUGAAAGACCGCCAAAGGACUAUCCGCACGAUGAUUGUAUCCUCCGUCAUUCCUAAUUCGGCUGCGUCUAUUGAUGAAAGUAACGUCUUCAAACGAUCUGGGUCGAGUCGCGCCAGGCGCGCUGCUGUCGGGUUGCGGGACACUGGUGACGAUUCUGAUGAAUCAGACAGCGACGAAUCUUCAAUCACAGGCUCCCCCGCUAUCGGUCCUCAUCUGGCUCAAGGCACUGCGCGCACAAGAGGCAUGCGAGGGGCUGCCAGUGCUGCUCACGCUGCUCUGCGUGCGAACCUUGGUCAGUCUGCCACUCCGGAGCCUCACCACGAGGGAAGAGCAUCUGCUAGGAGACGGGACUAUCGCGAAGAGAGCAUCGAAGAGCCAGAAAAACUAAUUGUGAAGCUUAAGAUCCCUCGUGAGAAGUUCCGUCAACUUCUUACCCACGGACCACAGUCAAUACCGAGUCUCUCAGCGACUCCAGCCCCUCAGCCACCCUCACAUCAAGGCACGCCUCAAAUUAGCACCCCGACCCCAAGCAACAUGGCUCCACCGUCACACACCCAGCCUCAAGCUCGUGUCCCAAGUGUCAUCGGUACACCCACACAACGGACCGUCCCCGCGCAGCAAAUUGGAGCCAUAGAUGCAACCCACCCCCCUCAGCCGGGUGUCCCAGGGCCCCCGCCUCCAAGUUGGCUCGCGGCGGGACUCGCGCGACUAAAACGCUCGUAUCCAAAUGACUCCUUUGAAGGCGUAAUGCGCUACACUGCUGUCGACACGGAGACAAUGCUACCAGUAGCCAAUGCCAAUACCGAGUCAGGCCAGAAACUAAAAUAUCAAUACCUCCCACGCAUCCGGUGCCAUGACUGCCCGGGCAAACUGUAUACCCCGGGGCCAGGCACGACAGUCGAUAAUUUCGAGGUCCACCUUCGAAACCGACAACACAAAGAGCGUGUUGAGGAGAGAAUCACCAGGACCGGCGGUGCAGGGGGCAACAAUGCAUCUUAGUCAUGAGCUCAACGAUGAAGCGCUUUCAUCUUUAUAUCUUCCUCC